CUCAGAUAAAAAAUGAAAAACAGACAUACAAAAGUGUUUUUAGGCAGCUUGUACUACUUAAGAAGUAUCAGUACUAAGCAUGAUCUUCCAUUAAAACCCCAAAAAAUGAACCCUGUAAAAGUAAAACCCAUCUCUCCCUUCAGGCUCUCCUCUCUCCUUCGCCUCCAAAAGGACCCAAACCUUGCUCUCCACCUCUUCCAAAACCCAAACUCUAACUCUAACUCUAACGCUAAUCCCACCAAGGCAAAGCCAUUCCGCUACCCCCUCGUCUCCUACGACCUCAUCAUCACCAAGCUUGGCCGAGCCAAAAUGGUCGACGAAAUGGAGCAAAUUCUCGACCAGCUCAAACACGAAACUCGCUUCUCUCCCACCGAAAUCAUCUUCUGCAAUGCCAUCUCCUUCUACGCUCGAGCCCGCCUCCCCGACCGAGCUAUCCACACGUUUUUUCGAAUGCCCGAUUUUCGUUGCCACCGGACUGUUAAAUCUCUCAAUUCGCUCCUGAAUGGGCUCUGUAACUGUGGAGAAUUUCGCAAACUGAGAGAAAUGUUUCUGGGUUUUCAUAAAUAUGGAACCCCAGAUGCUUGUACGUAUAAUAUAUUGAUUAAGGCUUGUUGUAGGAGUGGGAGGUUGGAGGAUGCGCGGUACGUGUUCGAUGAAAUGCAGAGGAGAGGUGUUUGUCCCAGUGUGGUGACUUUCGGGACUUUGAUUCAUCAGCUUUGUUUGAACUUUAGGUUGGAAGAAGCUUUUAAGUUGAAAAAUGAUAUGAUGAGAGUUUAUGGUGUUAUGCCUAAUGCGUUUGUUUAUUCCUCAUUGAUUAAAGGGGUUUGUGGGAUUGGUGAAUUGAGUUUGGCUUUUAAGCUUAAGGAGGAGAUGGUGAAAAACAAGUUGAAAUUGAACUCAGCAGUGUAUUCUACUUUGAUUAGUGUGCUUUUUGAGGUUGGGAGGAAAGAAGAGGCUUUGGGGCUUUUGGAGGAAAUGAAAGGCUUUGGGUGCAUGCCUGAUACGGUGACUUAUAAUGCGAUGAUUAGUGGGUUUUGUAAGGAGAGGAAUUCUGAAGCAGCAUUUAGAAUUUUGGAUGAGAUGGUAGAGAAGGGGUGUAAGCCAGAUGUUAUUAGCUAUAAUGUAAUAAUUAGUGGAUUGUGUAAGGAGGGGAAAUGGAGUGAAGCAAGAGAAUUUGCUUGAAGAUAUGCCGAGACGUGGCUUUCCUCCUGAUGUGGUGUCGUACCGGAUACGUGGGAUGCUAGGGAAGAAAAUCACACCCACUUUCAAC